UUGGUUGUUUGAUGAUUACGUGAGGUUUAUCAACUAUUCAGGAGGCCGUGUUUGCCUUUGUUCACAAAUUAUAGCAUCGCUGGAUGAUGAAACAAGCUACUCUCUAUGGUGUUUUUGUUCCCCUUUAAUAGCACGCCGCCAUAUUUUGUGUAAGCUUCGACUCCUCGCGAGGAAUCAGGACUAGAUCGUGUCUCUGCAUGAGGGGCUCUGGGGCUGUUUUUUUUGAGAACUUUCAGACAAUGCCGUGGGUUGGGCACAGUAGGAAAUCUUGGGAUAAUCAAAAUAAAAAGACUUUGUGUGAAGCUGAUCUCCUUCCAACAAUAUAUCUUCCUGAAAAACAAACAUUAGCAGACGAGCAGCUUUUGCUUGGCACAAAUAUGCCGCUUAAUUUAAAGAUAAGCCAUUGUCUGACUCUCCCUUUCAUCUGGCCUCUGAACACCAGAGCCGGACUCAGUUUAUAAUCUACCAUGAGUCUUGUUCUUUCAGUAGUCUUGAAGGACCCACUGCAAACUGUUUGUUAAAAAUCAUAUCCUCUGUAUUUAUAUUUUCUUUACUACGCUACAAGAAGCCAUUUGCUGCAAUCCUUUUGAUUGCCAUAUGUUUUGAAAAAUGCAACAAACAACUGUAAUUUUCAGUAAUUUUAUUGUUAGUAAUAUAAGUCAUAGCCUUCACAAGCUAUAUUUUCUGACAUUAAGGAUAAUCUGGUUGUUUACUAUCUUCAAAAAAAAGGCUUCUAAAAACCAACUCACAAAUCUCGGCUGUCAGAGCAUCUGUGGUAUGAUGACUGAUGUAAUGCCCUGUAAAGCACAUACAGCUUGUAGCUAAUGGGCUCAAACACACAGAACUACCAUCUUUUUAGACACAAUACAAAAUAUCAGAUUUCUCAUACUAAAUCAAGGCCAACAAGCCUAGGAAUGAUGGACAUGUUGUCUGACUGUGACAUGUCCUUCUGCUCUUUGCCUCAUGUGACUGUGAAGGUAAGCCACUUUACUUUCUACUGCCUGUCAGAAGGAUGUCAGAUCUGCCAUAACAGAGCAACUCUAGUCGGAGCCAUUGUUCUCUGUCGGAGGAAGGAAGUAGCUCAACAAUAUUCCCCGUUGAAAGGAUUUGCUUAGAAAGAGGAUGGAGGUGUCGUGCCUGGAGCUGGCGCUGGAGGGUGAGCGGCUCUGCAAGGUGGGCGACUACAGAGCGGGCGUCUCCUUCUUUGAAGCCGCCAUCCAGGUGGGCACCGAGGACCUGCAGGUGCUCAGCGCCAUCUACAGCCAGCUGGGCAACGCUUACUUCCACCUACAUGACUACGCCAAGGCCCUGGAGUUCCACCGGCAUGACCUCACCUUGACCAGAACAAUCAGUGACCUGCUCGGAGAAGCCAAAGCCAGCGGGAACCUUGGCAACACGUUGAAGGUGUUGGGGCGGUUCGACGAGGCUGUGGUUUGCUGUCAGAGGCACUUGGACAUAGUGAGGAACAUUAAUGACAAGGUGGGUCAGGCACGAGCGCUGUAUAACUUUGGGAACGUGUACCACGCCAAAGGAAAAAGUAUCUGCUGGAGUGGAGCUGAGCCUGGAGAUUUCCCAGAGGAGGUCAUGACGGCACUGAGGAAGGCAGCGGAGUACUAUGAGGCGAACUUGGCGAUAGUGAAGGAGCUCGGCGACCGGGCCGCCCAGGGUCGAACUUAUGGAAACCUCGGCAACACACACUAUUUGCUGGGAAACUUUCGCAAAGCUGUGGCCUCUCAUGAACAGCGCUUGCUCAUAGCGAAGGAGUUCGGCGACCGCUCAGCAGAGAGACGGGCUUACUGCAACCUGGGGAACGCCUUCAUCUUUUUGGGGGAAUUUGAAUUGGCAGCUGAGCAUUACAAGAGGACGCUGCAGCUGGCGCGGCAAUUGAAAGAUCGAGCUGUGGAGGCGCAGGCCUGCUACAGUCUGGGCAACACCUACACACUUCUACAGGACUAUGAGAGAGCCAUAGACUACCACCUCAAACACCUCAUCAUAGCCCAGGACCUCAAUGACAGGAUUGGGGAAGGCCGUGCAUGCUGGAGUCUGGGAAACGCUUACACUGCCCUGGGGAACCAUGACCAGGCCAUGCACUUUGCUGAGAAACACCUGGAGAUCUGCAAAGAGACUGGAGACAGGAGUGGGGAGCUGACGGCUCGUAUGAAUGUGUCCGAUCUCCAGAUGGUUCUGGGUCUGAGCUACAGCACGAACAGCUCCACCCUCUCAGAGAAUAAGGAUGUAGACUACAACCUGAAUGGAGCGAGGCCCAGGAUGAGCAGGAGACACAGCAUGGAGAACCUGGAGCUGAUGAAACUCACUCCGGACAAGAUGAAUGGUCAGAAGUGGAACAGCGACAUCUUGACCAAACAGUCCAAACCAUCACUGGCUAAGAGCACCUCCAAGCUCUUCUUUGUCAACCGCCUGCGAGGGAAGAAGUACAAGGCCGGUGGCUCCAGUAAGGUCCUCCAGGACACCAGCAACACCCUGGACACCAGUCAGACGCCUGCACAGGGACCACAGAAGCGACUCAGUCCCGACACGCUCGGAGACGAGGGCUUCUUCGACCUGCUGAGCCGCUUCCAGAGCAACCGCAUGGAUGACCAGCGUUGCUCCAUACAGGAUAAGGGCAGCAGAUUAUCGUUAAACGGCGGCCCAGAGCCGCCUCAAAGAGCCAUCAGGAAAUCCGUGUCAGAGUCCGCCAACAUUACGGGGGCCCAUGGCCGGCGGUUAGAGGAGUCGGCGGCAGCUGCAGGGGGGGGAAGCCUGCCCGGCCUGAGGCUCCAUCAGAACAGCAACCAGGCCGUGCUCAACCACCUGAUGGCCAACGCUGACAACGCCGAGCCUGACGACGACUUCUUCGAUAUGCUCGUGAAGUGCCAGGGGUCCCGUUUGGACGACCAGCGCUGUGCCCCUCCCCCUCCUCCGGUCCGAGGGCCCACUGUACCAGACGAGGACUUCUUCAGCCUCAUCAUGCGCUCUCAGGCCAAACGGAUGGACGAGCAACGCGUCACCCUGCCAUCUGCAGCGAACACCACAAACAGGCCCAACCACAACUCCAACUAAACUAAGCACUAAAGGGACAAACAGGUUUUUUUUAUAUCCUAAAUGUAAUGAAGCGGUGGCGGCGUUGUAAUUGACAGCUGGCUGGUCGCUCAGGGAAAAAAAGCCUCGUCUCUCAUUGUAUUUCUCCUUUUGGACAAAACAAAGCACUGUCAGCAUUAUAUGUAGAAUACAGUAUGGAAAAUUAAUGAGGACUUUUUUUUCGCAUAACUUGCACAACAUCAACAAACUUUCAGUAGCAUCAGGGACAAGUGUUGUUGUUGUUUUAUUCUGUUUUUCACUAUUCUGUGCUCCUUCAUAUUUCAUGUCAUGUGUAUUUUUCAAUACACAACUGCGGUUGUUUGUAUUUGUUGUACUUUUUGUGAUAGUUAUGAUUCUGCUAACUGCCGUCCUGCCACUAUGAAGUGAUGUGGUUGUUCUCAGAGUGGACACUGAGGUACAACACUCUUUCCAUGUCUUUUUUUUAUGUGAGGUUUCUGUCUGGAUUGAGUUAACGAGGAACAGGAAAUUAACAAAUAACUAUUUUAAACAAACUAAUUGAUAAAACAAUGAAUUUAACCCGUGUAUAGCCCUUACAGUCUUUUGUACUAAAUCGUUUGAGUGAGGUCAGAUGAAUAAAAGCCUCAUUCCUGUUCA